ACAGUCGCCUGUGACAUGUGGCAACACUGAAGAAAGUUGAACACUGAAUUCUUAUCGUUUGACAUUUGUAACGAACUAACGACUCUGUGAUUGAGUGUUUUAGUUGAAUUUUUAUUUUCACUUUUAUUUUUCGUUUUUUUUCACCACGGACUGGUCAGAAUAUCUAAAUAAAUCAACCAAAGAAAUGUAUUUAGAUGCGGAAAAUACAAAUUAUCUGAGAAAUUAGUAGUAUUGUUUAGCGAAUUUAGCUCUAUUUGAACACUGUCGGUUUGAUUGUUUCAUCAAUUUGGGAUCUUUUAACAUGAAAUGCUUACUAGCUGUAAUAUACCUCUGUUUAAUAAGUCCUUCCUACGGCCUUUCGGAGAAAAUAUUGAACGAUAAAUAUGGAAAAGUUGUUUAUGUCAAUAUUCUAUUCCGACAUGGAGAUCGUACACCGACUGAGACCUAUCCCAAAGAUCCGUACAGGAAUAUAUCUUUUUGGCCAGUUGACUGGGGCCAAUUGACGAAUCUAGGAAAACUACACCAUUACCAAUUAGGGCAGUGGUUCCGACGCCGAUAUAAUCAUCUGUUUCCUGAGGACAAAUUUGAUCACAAAACCAUCUUUGUUAGGAGUACUGAUGUCGACAGGACGCUGAUGAGCGCAGCGGCCAAUGCUGCGGGAAUGUACCCACUUGGACCAGACGAUCAUUGGUAUAAUAUUAACUGGCAGCCUAUUCCAAUCCAUAGCACUCCUGAAUCUUUGGAUAAAAUUCUUGCUAUGAAAGCUCCUUGCAAAAAGUAUGAUUUCAUAUUUGAGAAAUUUAAACAUUCAAAAUCUAUGAAAGAAAUCAAUAGUAAGUAUAAGCCUAUUUUUGAUUAUGUGGCUAGAAAUACUGGGAGUAAAAUCAAGGAUCCAUACGAUAUUGAAAAUAUAUACAGCACUUUACACAUUGAGAGUUUAGCUAAUUUUACUCUACCCGAAUGGACAAAAAAGGUGUUCCCCGAUAUGUUAAAAGAAAUAACUGGAAUUGCUUUUGCAGUCCCUACUUACAUAACAAAAUUAAAACGCUUGAAAGGAGGUCCUCUGAUGAAGGAAAUGUUGAAUAAUAUGCACGACAAGUUGAAUGUGAAAGAUCCACUUGCCAGAAAUAUUUCAGUCUAUUCAGGCCAUGAUAUAACUCUAGCUUAUUUGCUCAACACUCUCGGAGUGUUCAAUUUUCUUCCACCUCCAUUUACCUCAUCGGUAAUGGUUGAACUUAGAAAAACUGCAAACCAAUCGUUGGUCACUAUAUUUUAUAAAAAUUUGACUGGAGAUGUUGAACCGUAUUUGUUGACUGUACCGGGAUGUGAUGAAGCUUGUCCUUUAGACAAACUUACUCAACUUAUGCAACCUCUAAUACCUGUUGAUUGGGAUACUGAAUGCCACGAGCAUACUGCUUUUGAUUUGUCACUAGACCAACCAUAUAAUGGGCUUGCAAUUUUUGCAAUCGUUACAACGACGAUGAUUGUCUUCCUUCUUCUAGCUAUAACUUCCAUUUAUUGGCAUAAUCAGAAUCCCUCACAUGUCUACAAGAAACUUAGAGUGGAAACACUGUGAGUUAUUUUAAUGAAUUUACUAUAAGUAGUAUCUGAGAAAAACAUAAAAUAUCAUUUAGUAAAUUUUGGUAUGUGUCUAAAUGGAUAUAUGUACUUAAAUUGUUUUUUAAAUUUAUUGUCAACAAUACUAUAUAUUAUUGUAUGCACAACAUAUUGUUCAUUCUUCCAUUUUAAACUCAAGUAAAAUUGGCAAAAAAAAAGAAAAUUCAAAUAAAUUGCCUGUAUAAAGACUGUUAAAUAUAUAA